GCUGACGCUAUCGUCCUAUUUUGCGGUCGAUACAUCCCUGAGCCCAAAUAAUUUGAGCUGAAUUUGUUUCCGUCACUAUCUUAAAGUCAACAUGGUGUUCAGAGUGAGCGUCAGCAGCUCCCGGAGGGCUGUGAGGACGUGGUGGCUUCUCGUUGUGGUGAGCCUGUGUUUGUUCGUUAGUGUCUGCCGAGCAGCAUCACCAUCUUCCCAGGAGGAGGAGGACAGUGCAAUGGAGAACAUCGUUACAGAGAAAAAGGCUGAGGAAAGCCACAGACAAGACAGCGCAGACCUGCUAAUCUUCAUCCUGCUCCUCACCCUCACCAUUUUGACCAUCUGGUUGUUCAAACAUCGGCGGUUCAGAUUUCUGCACGAAACCGGGCUGGCUAUGAUUUAUGGUUUAAUUGUUGGCGUGAUCCUGCGAUACGGCGUUCACGUUCCUCGCGAUGUUAACCCCGCCUCCAUGAGCUGCGUCGUUAACGCCAGCCCCGCCACCCUGCUGGUCAACGUCAGUGGCAGAUUCUACGAGUACACUUUGAAGGGGGAGAUCAGUGCCAACGAUGUGAACUACAUGCAAGAUAACGAGAUGCUGCGCAAGGUAACCUUUGACCCUGAAGUGUUCUUUAACAUCCUGCUGCCACCCAUCAUCUUCCACGCUGGCUACAGCUUAAAAAGGAGACAUUUUUUCCGGAACAUGGGAUCCAUCCUGGCUUAUGCCUUUGUGGGGACUGUCAUUUCUUGUUUUGUGAUUGGGUUGCUGAUGUACGGCUGCGUGACGCUCAUUAAGCAGGUCAGUCAGUUGGGUGGAGACUUCUUCUUCACUGACUGUCUGUUCUACGGAGCCAUCGUUUCUGCCACAGACCCAGUGACAGUUCUGGCUAUAUUCCACGAGCUGCAGGUUGAUGCAGACCUGUACGCAUUGCUGUUCGGAGAGAGCGUGCUCAACGAUGCCGUUGCCGUGGUUCUGUCUUCGUCGAUCGUGGCGUACCAGCCACAAGGAGACAACAGCCACACCUUUGAGGCCAUGGCGCUGCUCAAGUCUUUUGGGAUGUUUCUCGGAGUCUUCAGUGGCUCCUUUUCGCUCGGAGUGGCCACUGGAGUUGUUACGGCGCUCGUGACAAAGUUCACGAAGCUGAAGGAUUUCCAGCUGCUGGAGACGGCUCUGUUCUUCCUCAUGUCGUGGAGCACGUUCCUGCUGGCUGAAGCUUGUGGCUUCACAGGUGUGGUGGCAGUGUUGUUCUGUGGAAUCACUCAGGCCCACUACACCUACAACAACUUGUCUCCUGAGUCUCAGGACCGAACAAAGCAGCUGUUUGAGCUCCUAAACUUCCUGGCAGAGAACUUUAUUUUCUCCUACAUGGGUCUGACCCUGUUCACCUUCCAGAACCACAUCUUUAAUCCGAUGUUCAUCGUUGGAGCGUUUCUGGCAGUUUUCCUGGGUCGAGCCGCCAACAUCUACCCUCUUUCACUUCUUCUCAAUCUGGGCCGACGUUACAAGAUCAGGUCCAACUUCCAACACAUGAUGAUGUUUGCAGGCCUGCGGGGAGCGAUGACCUUUGCCCUGUCCAUCAGGGACACGGCCACAUUUGCCCGGCAGAUGAUGUUUUCCACCAACCUUCUCGUGGUCUUCUUCACCGUUUGGGUUUGUGGCGGUGGCACCACUCAGAUGCUGUCCUGCCAGCGAAUACGAGUGGGAGUAGACUCGGAUCAAGAUAACUCUGUGAGUGUCGCUGACGGAUCAGAGAGAAGAAGCACCAAACAGGAAAGUGCCUGGCUUUUCAGAAUUUGGUACAGCUUUGACCACAACUAUCUGAAGCCCAUCCUAACCCACAGCGGUCCUCCUCUCACAACCACGCUGCCGCCAUGCUGCGGCCCCCUCGCCCGCUUCCUGACCAGCCCUCAGGCCUUUGAGAAUGAAUGCCAGCUGAAGGACGACGACUCCGACCUCAUCCUGACGGACGGCGACAUCAGCCUGACCUACGGCGACAUCACCGUCAGCACGGACGCCACGGGAGCCCACACCAGCAGCGGCAGAGGCUUCGUCGGUGUCGCCACCUCCGAUGACCUGGACAGAGAGUUGGCGUGCGGAGAUCAUGAGCUGGUGAUGAGGGGGACGCGCCUCGUACUCCCCAUGGAUGACUCUGAGCCGCCCUUCACAGACUCCCGUCACUUACGGAUGUGAAAAUCACGGUUCAUUUUCGACCCUGACAACCAUCCGAGAUGAACUGACACAAGUACCUGACUUUCACCCCUUCGCUCUUCCAUUUUUUUAAUUUUUUUGCACUUUGCUGCGCUCCGCACGCUUUUUUUCAAGGUUUUCACUUCGUCUACACACACGGUUGUCUCUACCUCAUUCUCUUUCUGCUCAUGUGUCCACUCCUCUCUGGCACAGACCAUUAAUGUAUUAAUCAAACUUCUUUUCAGGGGUUUUGUUAAUCAGAUGAUGAUUUUACAGUUUAGCUCUUGAAUUGUAGCAUUUCACAGCGGUCCAGCAGCAUGUAUUAGUGUGUGAAUGCAAACACCAACCUCUAGUUAAAUCGUCAACGUACAGUAUAUC